UAUCUAGAUAAAUAAUGAUAAAAAGGAAGACUUUUGAGUGUCCUUUCUCUAAUCAAAUCUCCUUCUCUCUGUUAUCAAGCUUCUGGUUUCCUUAUUCUGGGUUUUCUAUUUGGUUACUGGGAAUAAGGUGAACGAUCAGUGGCCACCUUACUUUGAUGGGGAUUAUACUAACAUAAUGAUACACAGGGUCGAUUAAAGUGACCUAAUUUUCCAUUUUUGACAAAAACAAACCUAAAGAAGAAAACAUAGCAGACCUAGGGUAACCGCCUGUUCUUCCAUAAUCGACGGCGUCGGCUGUGCGAAGCAUCUGCUUUCACCGUCUAGGUGCACUGCGUCUGUCCCGGUGUGGCCGCGCCGCCCUCUCAACCUGCUUCAUGACCUCGCUCGUCUCUUUUGCCAUCGUUCAAACACCCGCCAUCACCGCCGCUGUGGUUUCGUCGAUUCUUUAACCCCAGAUCUAGCCACCAUCCGACCCAACUCCAGAUCUUCAAUCGCAGGAUAAUCAUCUACGCCAAGACCACCGCUGCUCUCAUUCACCCUCUCUGCUCGUAGUGACGGUUGCUCUCCCCUCGUCCCCUGUUUCUGACCAUAACAACUACUUACCUUCUUCCCCUCGUCGCCGUACCCAUCCCUCUCCUUCCGACCAGAAUAGCUAAGAGCGCUUGACGAUUCGCUUGCCUUUGUUCUAGAUUAACCAGAUUUAUUUGAUGAGGAGGAGAAGGAGAUGGCACCACGAGAGGAGGGAAGUGAUUGCGGUGAAAAAAGGAAUAUGAGGGGAAAAAAUCUGUCGUCUCCUUCAGCGCUCCGUCGUCUCCUCGCCAGCGCUUCGUCUGUCUCUUCGCCAGCGCUCCGACGUUUCCUUCGCCAAAAGCCCCGACCGGGAGCGACGCUAGCUUUUUCCGGCUUUCACAUGACGAGGGACGAAGCCGGCGCCGUUGAUUUUGGUUCAGUGUGGGCGAUGGGUUUGGUUUGGCCGGAGGAGGAGAGGGCUUCUUCUUUGAGGGAGGAAUUCGAACGGGGAGAAUUGGUGGAAGAGAAUGAAGAGAGAGAGAGAGAGUGAUUAGAUAAUGUGUUGAUUUUUCCCUUUUCUUAUUUCAUUUUCCCAUUAAUUUUAAUUAGGUGCCACAACAGAAAAAAUGUGCCACAUGUACGGUUUCUUUCCACGUCGGAGUCAACUGACGGCUGACCAGACGGAGAGUUGACAAUUUGGCUAAUAAAAUGUUUUCGAAUAGGUUUGGCUAUUAUUUUGUUUUCGGGUGAAAGGUUUGGCUAUUAAAUUAUUUUUACCCUAUAUUUUAAUGAGAAAUAAUUGUGAUAAUAGAGUUGAUCAUCAUCGAACCAUUCGACCUGUUAAAUCACUUAGCAUGAUUGAUGAUUCAAUCCAAGUUAACAAGUUUUAUGACCAGAUAUAAAAUUUAUAAGUAAAA